AUGGCCACUACCAACGAUUUCUCUGCCUCAGAGGUUGACAGCUACGACUACAUUGUUGUAGGUGGUGGCACUGCUGGCUGUGUCAUCGCUGCUCGUCUGGCCCAGUACUUGCCCAACAAGCGCGUGCUGGUCAUUGAGGGUGGUCCCAGUGACUUCUCUGAUGAUCGUGUCUUGAACCUCAAGGAGUGGCUCAACCUCCUGGGUGGUGAGCUGGACUACGACUACCCUACUACCGAACAGCCCAACGGCAACAGUCACAUUCGCCAUUCUCGUGCGAAGGUUCUGGGUGGUUGCUCUAGCCACAACACCCUCAUCUCUUUCCGUCCCUUUGAGUAUGACUGCCGUAACUGGGUCGCCAAGGGUUGCAACGGUUGGGACUUCGAGACCUUCACCCGUCUGAUCGAUGGCCUGCGUAACACCUUCCAGCCUGUCCACGGCCGCCACCGCAACCAGCUGUGCAAGGACUGGAUCCAAGCCUGCUCUUCUGCCAUGAACAUCCCCAUUAUUCCUAACUUCAACGCGGACAUCCGCAAGAACGGCGAGCUCACCGAGGGUGUUGGCUUCUUCAACGUCUCCUACAACCCCGAUGAUGGCCGCCGAAGCAGUGCCAGUGUGGCUUAUAUCCACCCCAUUCUGAACGGCGAGGAGAAGCGCCCUAACCUGACCAUUCUUACCAAUGCUUGGGUCUCUAAGAUCAACGUCGAGGGUGACUCCGUGACCGGUGUCAACGUGACUCUCCAGUCUGGUGCUAAGCACACCCUGCGUGCCCGCAAGGAAACCGUCAUCUGUGCUGGUGCUGUCGAUACCCCCCGUCUCAUGCUGCUCUCUGGUCUGGGUCCUAAGGAGCAACUGUCCAACCUCGGAAUUCCUGUCGUCAAGGACAUCCCCGGUGUUGGUGAGAACCUGGUUGAUCACCCCGAGAGUAUCAUUAUGUGGGAGUUGAACAAACCCGUCGAUCACACCAUGACCACCAUGGACUCUGACGCUGGUAUCUUCCUGCGUCGCCAGGCUCCCGAUGCUGCUGGUUUCGAUGGCCGUGCCGCUGAUGUGAUGAUGCACUGCUACCAAAUUCCUUUCACCCUCAACACCACUCGCCUGGGCUACGACGAGCCUUUGCAAGCCUUCUGCAUGACCCCCAACAUUCCUCGUCCCCGCUCUCGCGGUCGUCUCUACCUCACUUCUUCCGACCCCUCCGUGAAGCCUGCGUUGGACUUCCGCUACUUCACUGACCCCGAGGGCUACGAUGCCGCUACCAUCGUUGAGGGCUUCAAGGCUGCUCGUAAGAUCGCCGAGCAAGCUCCUUUCAAGGACUGGAUCAAGCGCGAGGUGGCUCCCGGCCUCAGUGUUCAGUCGGAUGAGGCUCUGUCCGAGUACGGUCGUCGUGUUGCUCACACUGUGUACCACCCAGCCGGUACUACCAAGAUGGGUGACCCUAUCCGCGAUCCCCUGGCUGUCGUUGACUCCAAGCUGAAGAUCCGUGGCUUGAAGAAUGUCCGUAUUGCCGACGCCGGUGUCUUCCCCGAUAUGCCUAGCAUCAACCCCAUGUUGACUGUGCUGGCUAUUGGUGAGCGUGCCGCUGAGAUGAUUGCUGAGGAAGCCGGCUGGUCCAGCUCCCAGCCUCGUCUGUAA